GCGUCUCCAGCUUUCAAAGUAAAAAUUAGUCGUUGUCUGCCUGUCUAUCUUUUUAUCAUUCUGAAGAUUAAAUGGACUGAAAUUUCGGCUGUUUAGUUCUCUUUUAAAUUUGCAAGUGAAAUUUCGAGACUAUGUUUGUAAAUUUGCAUGAUUCGACUGGAUUUUCAAUGGGCGUUAUAUACUAAUGAUGGAGUUCGAGAGAUUAUCAGAAAAUAUAUCUGAACAGCUUGUUCAGAUGACGAGGUCAUUGCAGUCAUUUCGAGAUCGUUCACUCUUCACUGAUGUUAUAUUAUGUGCUGGUGAUGAAGAACUCCCUUGCCACAAGGCAGUACUAGCUGCUAGUUCAACAUAUUUCUUAGCCAUGUUUUCAUCACCAUAUAAAGAACAACAAACAUCUCGAGUUAAGUUAGAUCAUAUUUCUCCUUGGGCUCUUCGUCGUCUGCUUGAUUUUGCAUAUCUUGGUUGCUUAGAAAUUACAGAAGCCACUGUACAAGAUAUAUUUCUUGCUGCUAGUUUACUUGACUAUCCAAUAGCUAUCAAAUAUUGUGUUGAAUUCAUGAAGAGUCAUUUAGAUGUUACAAAUUGUUUAGGUAUCGAGGCAUUGGCUGAAAUGCACAAUAUUACUGAUUUAGCUCAAUCAUCGCAUAAAUUGGCUGUAGAAAAUUUCUCAAGCCUACUGAGAGAAUCUAACGAAUGGGCCAAUUUGCCUAUUUCGACUGUCAUUUCAUAUAUCUCUUCAGAUGACUUGGAUGUACCUUCGGAACAAUUUGUAUGGGAUGCUUGUAUUAAUUGGGUCGACCAAUCUUCUGAAACACGAAUUGUCUACCUCCCUCAACUACUGUCACAUAUUCGUUUGAAAUAUUUGGAAAAAGAAAUGUUGGAAAUUCAAUUACAAGAAAAUCCUUUACUUAUUGAAUGCAAAAUUGCUCAAAAUAUCAUCAGAUAUUUUCUUCACAAUGCUUAUAACGGUGAUGAUAAUCCAUCAAUGUAUGUCAACAAUUUACCAGCUCGCCUAGCUACACUGAAACAUCCUACGUUAGUUGUUUUAGGUGGUCUCAAUACAUGCAUUUUAAAUUGUAUGCAGUCAUUUUCACCAUCUAGAACAGUAUGGCAAACUUGUCCUUCUAUGCCCGUGGAUAGUUUAGCAUGGUUCUCUGUUUCUGUCAUUGCAAAUACUCUAUUUGUUAUUGGUGGAAUUAAAGCCGGUACACUCAUGGAUUCAGUGUAUGCGUAUUCACCUGUUCGAUCUUCAUGGAGUCAACGCAAAUGUAUGCCGCAGGCGAGAGCUCGGCAUUUUUCUGUUUCUGUUGGUAGCCGGUAUAUUUUUGUAUUCGGUGGUGUAACAAUGUCUAUAAAUUCUAAUCAUCGACAUCAUUCAUCAGAUCGUGUAAUUAUAAAUCAUUUACAAGAAAGUAACUCUUCGUUAAACAGGCGGAAUUUCGUUUCCUCGCGAUUGUCAGCAUUCAACCCAAAUCUUUCAAUAACUGAAUUAGAUAUUCCUACAUUGAAUUUUGAAAAAUCCAUUAUUCGAUAUGAUAUCUGUAGCGAUACAUGGAUUAAUGUAGGAGAAACAGAUAAUCCAAGACUAGAGUCACAUGUAGUCUUGAUUAAUGAGUCGAAUGAGAAUGCAAGUUUCAAUCUACAAUCAUCUGAUGGAAUUCAUGAGACGGAUAGUGAGCAAACUUCAUUACGUUCAGAUUUAUCAGAUAACACAUCAGUCUCAGAAAAUAAUAUUACCAACAACAAUAGUAAUGGUACUAAUCAAACCAAUAAAACCCGUCGAAGAAAUAAUUCUAUGAAUGUAAAUUUUGAACGUGUUUUUGUUGAAAUCGGUGGAAUAACUGAAACACAGCCACAUAGUACGGAUCAGGUUGCUUUUUAUCGUUUACGUCCUGAUUAUACAGUAUUUUGUACCGCGGAUUACAUAAAACUCCCACAGCAAGUUCGCUAUGUGAACUGUUGUGUGCAUCAAGUAAGUUGGUUGUUAACUUUCUUUUUUUGUAUAUGAGUAGUUUGUGGAUAAACAAUAAUUCCAACUUUAUCGUGACAUGCAAUUUUCCUGGUUCACAAAAAUCUUUCAUUUCAUCUGGAUGAAAUAUUCAAUUCUAACUAGUUAGUCACGAUGUUUGCAUCUCUUUAACAAAUCUUUAAAGUUUUUUCUUAAUCUGAGCCAUGGAAACAAGUUUUACUCUUGUCUAUUGAAGUCUAUGAGAAAGUUAAGAUUAAUGUUUAAAAACUUAAUUUUACGUGACUUAGUGACAAGAAUACGACCAUUUAACAAUAGAAAGUGAAAAACAUCUCGUUUUUCCAAUAUUUCUUUUAAUUUUCUUCCUUUUAAAUUUUGUCUAUAAUAUCUUUCACCAAUUGAUAUCCAGUAUCAUAUUACCUAGUAAUUAAUAUGGAGUGAGUUUUUUAAUGGCAACAUCUCUGCAUAUGAAGCUGAAUGAAUGUGGUUCAAAUCCUACGGGAGUAUUGCAGACAUGUCUAGUAGAUAGGUAGAAACUAGGACGAGCUUCCUCCUAGCUAUCCUCAACCAUCAUAGCAUCUUUGUCUUUAUUCAUUUUCUAUCUUAUUAACACCUUCUAUGUUAAUAUCAAGUUUAGUAACUUUUACGUGAUGUUUGAGUUUUGACAAUUUUUGUCAUCUACAAUAGUAUUUCAUGUCUUUAGACGUUUUCGAAUAUAUUACACUUUAUACAUUUGGUGUUCCCUAUAUUUAGGUGUAUAAAUUAGGGUUUAACUAGAGAUUUACCCAUGUUCAUAUAACACUUUCUGGUUGUUAUACUUAUUGAUAAAAUCGGCAUUUCGAACUACUAUACUCUCCUUACUUUAUUUGUAAAGCGAGCUAGCUUUUUCUUUGUCACAACUACAUUAACUCCUGAUUGUGAUUAAUUAUGAUUCGUAGUUACUUUCCCCACAUAUACGUCGCCUGUUUUUUCUUAGGAUACCAACCUGGUGUAUAUAUUUUGGGAAUCAACAAGUGAAUUGUCAGUUUUAGAUCUUCGUCGUCACACACUACGCUCACUAGCUCCCUUGGUUUCUUCCUCCACUUCAUCUCCAAACGAAGCACGGAUUUAUGCUGGGUUAUCGUGGGUCGGAGAGCAUUUGUAUGUGGUUGGAGGAUUUAGUGAGUUUGUUGGUGAUGAUCGACGUCCUACUGUUCCACGAGAUGAUGUCCACUGUUAUGAUCCGACAACGAACACAUGGUAUGUUUUGCUUGGUUAACAUAAUGCUAUAUUUCGUUGUGUUACUGAAUUACUGACUAGUGUUUUUCUUUUCUUAAUUUAUUUACUACAGGUCCUGCAUUAAAGUUCUAAAUACAACAGUCCCUCGAGCUAUCUUCGGUUGUGUUUGUCUCAAUAUGUGAUACACGAAUAUCAGAGUUGUACGAACUUCCAUAUCCUAUAUAUCAUUCAUAACAAGAAUUAUGUUUAUUUGUAUACCUGUUAUUAUUUUAAUGUGAUACUUCCUGAUCGUAGGACCUAAAUAUAAUAAGGAUAUUUUCUGUUCACUUAUUUUCAUUUGUGAUUUUUCUUCCUUUGAAUUUUAACUGUGUCCAUAAUGCAGUGACAUAUAUUUGCUCUUUAACUUGCCAAAUUAUUUCCUCAUUUUAAUUGUCCCGCUGGUUCGGGUCGUACAUUUCUUCUAUGAGAUAUCACUUAGGUAUUAUAAUCAUCAGAGUGUUAUCCAAAAAAUGCAUUUAUACUGUUGUCAAGUU